AUGAAGAAUCCAAAAGUAGAUACUUUAUUUAAUCCACUAUAAGUUGGGGAAAUUUAAAUUGAAAAUAGAAUAAUCAUGUCCUCUUUAACUAGAAUGAGAUGUGAUAAAGAAACAAAAUCACCAAAUGAUUUAGUGGCCUAAUUUUAUUCUUAAAGAGCAUCUGCAGGUCUUAUUAUGACAGAAAGCACAUUUAUAAGUGAGAGAUCUUAAAGUUGGCCUGGUUGUCCUGGAAUAAUGGACUAAACUUAAGUAGAAGGUUGGAAGAAAGUUAUAUAAGCAGUUCAUAAUAAAAAAGGGAAAAUAGCAUUAUAAAUAUGGCAUAGUGGACGUGCUACUCAUUCAUUAUUAUAAUAAGGUCUUCAACCUUGGGGACCAUCUUAAAUAGGAAUCAAAGGUCCAAAUUAAAUUUUAAAUAUUCCACAUGAAAUUCCUCAUGAAAUGAAUUUAGAUGAUAUUUAGUUAGUAAAAAAUCAAUUCCGAAAUGGAGCAUAGUUAGCUAAAGAAGCAGGUUUUGAUGCAAUAGAAUUACAUGGAGCUAAUGGUUAUUUGAUUGAUUAGUUUUUAAAAAGUAAUAGUAAUCAAAGAUAGGAUGAAUAUGGAGGAACUAUUUAAGGUAGAUGUAAAUUCUGUUUGGAAAUUAUUGAUGAACUAAUUUCAAUUUUUGGAAAAGGAAGAGUAGGGAUAAAAGUAUCUCCAAUUGGUAGGUUUAAUGAUAUGUAUGAUGAAGAUCCAAUUAAACUUUAUACUUAUUUAUUUUAAGAAUUAGAUAAAAGAUAAAUUGCAUUUAUAGAAUUAAUGAAUGAUAAAGAUGAAGAAAAUGCUUAUAAUCAUGGAUUACCUUCAUCAUAAUCUUAAACAAAUAAUUUAUUUGAAAAAUUAAGAAAUUCAUUUAAAGGUAUAAUAAUAGGAAAUGUUGGUUUAACUGGAGAAAUAGCUGCUCAAUUAAUUUAAACUGGAUUAAUUGAUGCUGCAAGUUUUGGAAUGCCUUAUAUAUCUAGUAUAUAAUUUAUACAUUUUAGAUCCUGAUUUAGUGGAGAGAAUUAGAUAUAAUUUCCCUUUAACAGAAGCAAAUCCAGAUACAUUUUUUGAAGGAGAACAUAUUGGAUAUAUUGAUUAUCUCCCAUUUUAAUAAUGA